AUGCUGUCUCAGCUUAAAACGUAUGGUGACUUGGGAUUAGGAUUUAGGAAGGCUGAGAGCACCAUUCGUAUGAUGUGGAGGAUAAGAUAUUACACACCAUCGCAUCCCUCCACUGAGAUGGGCUUACUGGCACUUGGGACACCUUUCGAUUGGCUGGAAGCCCAACAGCAUGCAGAUCACGUCCGGCAGCAUGGUAUUCAACAGUUCCUGAGGCUUUGGCGCAAUCUUCAAGGUCGCAGCGACGAUCCACCUCUGUGGGGGGACGAAAUCGAGUACUUUUUGGUCUCACUGGACCAUACUAACCGCCAAGCGAAUCUCGCCCUAAGACAAGAAGAAGUACUAGAAUCUCUCCGACAGCCUUCCACUGCUCCUUUGCCGCCUCAGAUCGAUGUCAGACCCACCUUUCAUCAGGAGUAUGGCCGCUACAUGCUCGAAUCAACACCUGGUGCACCUUACGCUGCUACUCUAGAGGACUGUUUGCGUGUUGAGCUUAACAUGCGAUGCAGACGCGAGUUGAUCCAAGCCAAGCUGGCAGAGAAUGAAUCUCUGGUUACUCUAACUUCCUUUCCGCGGCUUGGAGCCCUAGGCGGAUUUACCGUACCAUAUGGCACUCCUUGUGGAUCAGUAGCUCAAAGUCUUUAUCUGCCUGACGAUAUUAUCAAUCAACACAUACGUUUCCCAACCCUGACUCGCAACAUUAGAAAGCGCCGAGGAUCAAAAGUAGCCAUCUUCGUCCCUGUGUUUCCGGAUAUCAACACGCCGAAGCCAUUUCGGGACCCUACCGUACCCGUCGAGCCGCCAGAAACUUCCGUUCCCCUCGAAGUUUCAACGUUAUCGUCUAUGACAUCUAAACCCCUAGCGAAUGGCAGCCAGUCCUCCCAUAGCGCUGAGAAGAUUAGCAUUCCAGAAAUACCUGACAAUAGCAUAUAUCUCGACGCGAUGGGCUUUGGCAUGGGUUGUUCUUGUCUUCAAACUACAUAUCAGGCACAUUCAAUUACACAGGCAAGAUACCUUUAUGAUGCUCUGGCUCCAGUGGCCCCAAUCAUGAUGGCGCUUUCAGCAGCUGCACCAAUUUUUAAAGGAUUUCUUUCGGACGUAGAUUGUCGGUGGGACGUGAUUUCAGGUGCUGUAGAUGAUCGUAAAGAAACUGAAAGAAGUCCAGCAGAUAGUAUACAUCAAAAAUUCAUUCCAAAGUCGCGCUAUGACAGCAUCAGUUUGUACAUUGCCGACAACGCCCUCCAUCGACCAGAGUACGAUGAUCUACUCGCGCCUGUAGACAAUUCUAUUGAAAGUCAAUUAAUCCAAAACGGCAUCGAUCGUAUCAUGGCUCGUCACAUUGCACACCUUUUCAUCCGGGACCCCUUGGUGAUCUUCUCGGAAACAUUGGAGUCCCUCAAUGAUGAUACGAUGGAGCACUUUGAGAAUUUACAAUCGACCAAUUGGCAAUCUGUCCGGUUCAAACCGCCGCCGUCGGCAUCAGCAUCAUCAGAUAUAGGAUGGAGGGUAGAAUUUAGAACGAUGGAAGUCCAGAUCACGGACUAUGAAAACGCGGCAUAUUCCAUCUUUGUCGUGUUGUUGAUCCGGGCGAUCUUGAUGUUUGAUGUGAAUUUUUACAUUCCACUCUCCAAGGUUGAUGAGAACAUGCGUCGUGCCCAACAGCGGGAUGCGGCUCGAUCUAGCCUGUUUCAUUUCCGCACUCAAAUCCAAACUAAACCAAAUGCAUCCUCCUCCUCGAUAGACCUGAAAGGCCUGAUUCCUCCGGUACAAGUAGAUGGACUUCAAACUGAGUUUGAGGAAAUGACGAUGGAUGAAAUCAUCCACGGGAAACAAUCAAGUCAAUAUCCAGGCUUGAUGCAUCUUGUUCUCUCCUAUGUGGACCAGAGUGAUGCUGAUGAUCAAGUCAAAGAGAAGAUCAAAAAGUAUCUCGGUUUCAUCAGUGCUCGUGCAAGCGGACGGUUGAUGACCACUGCGUCUUACAUCCGGAAAUUUGUCCAAGAACAUCCUGCGUAUCAACGAGAUAGUGUAGUGACUAGUGAAAUCAAUUAUGACUUGAUCUGCAGGAUCAAAGCAAUCGAGGCCGGGAAAUACAAAGCCGAAGAACUGAUAGGCCCGGGUUACUAUUCAUCUCCCCAUCAUACUUAG